AUCCAGAGAUCAAACUCACAUUUCCUGAGUCUCCUGCAUUGGCAGAUGGAUUCUUUACCACUAGCGCCACCUGGGAAGCCCCAACUUUGGACGGUAGCCAUUGCCUUCUUUAAUGUCAGUUGUGCUCUGCCAGGAGAGACUGGGACUGUGGAUCCAAAACCUUGACGCACAUUGGAAUGACCUGGGAUCUUCAAACACCAUGGAUGCCCAGCUCUUAGCCCAGACAUUCUGAUUUUAUUAGCAUGGAAUGUGACCUGAGCAGUGAGGUUUUAAAAAGCUCUCCAAAGUGAUUCUAAUGUGCAGCAGUUGGAACCAGUGGUUUAAGAACUUGGUCUGUAAGUUCACAAGGGUGUAGACUAUAGAAUCACCUCUGUGGCCUCCCUUGGUGAGCUUACUUUUUACCUCUGACAAUGUCUCCUUUACUUUUUAGCCUACAUUAAUUUACAUUUAAUUCUGCUCAGUUCACUAGCUGACUCCAAAUUCUGCCUCACUGUCAAAUGAUGGUUUCUCUCCAGAGGUGGUUCUUAUACGCUUAGGCUCUUGGAGUAAUACUGGUGACAUGUCUGUGAGGUAUCUUUGUAAGGUUCUCAGCCUCACUGGACUCUCUUAUUUUCUUUUUUUCUUUCUUUAAAAAAAUAUUUAUUUACUUAGUUGGCUGUGCUGGGUCUUAGUUGUGGCACUCCAGAUCUAGUUUCCUGACCAGGGCUGGAAGCUGGGCUCCAUUGGGAGCAUGGAGUUUUAGCCAUUGGACCACCAGGGAAAUCCCUGGACUCCUUUAUUUAUGAGAUAUAAUUCCUUUUGAAAUUUACAUUUUAAAACAUUUUUAUGAUUUUCAUAUACAUUGCUUUUUUCUUCCAAGAGUAAAAUAAACACCUUUUCUACACAGUACUUUAUAAUAAUAAACCACUUCUGAGUCUUUCCUCAAAACAGUUUGACCAUCAUGGGAGACAAUUGACAUGCCUACAGUGCUUAACAGUUGAUAAAAUCCUACAGACAGAAAUAUGGUGCAAAUUUUCUCCUUAGGGAGUUUAGAAAAGUUUGAUUUAACUUAUCCAUUGGAAAAUACAGUUGGAUUAAAUAAAGAAGUAUUAAAUCAGAAAGGUGCAUUUGUUCACAGGUUUGCAAAUGUACUUGAUUAAUCUGGAAAUCCAUUUUGCAGUAGGUGCUGGGUCUCAAACUGAGAUUUUUUUUAAGGCAAUAGAGGUGUUGUUUGGUGGGUAAGAGGAAACAGGAAGGGCUUCCCUAGUAGCUCAGACGGUAAAGAAUCUGCCUGCAAUGCAGGAGACCUGGGUUCGAUCCCAGGGUCAGGAAUCCCCUAGAGAAGGGAAUGGCUCCCCACUCCAGCAUUCUUGCCUGGAGAACCCCAUGGACAGAGGAGCCUACCAGGCUACAGUCCAUGGGGUCGCAAAACAGUGGAACAUGACUGAGCAACUAACACACACAUAGGAGACAGGUAAUUUGCAAGUGGAACAGAUUUUGGCAAAGGCUGGGAAGGCAGUUGGGAAAGGUGUAAACUGGGUGUGGUAGGUGAUGAGAAAGGCUUGCCAAGUUGGGGCUAGUCAUAUGAGAUUUCAUUGGAAGAAUACUUUGGAAGAGCUAAAAAAUAUAUGGUAUAGUGGAAGGAGUUUCUGUUUUCCUUUGUGUGGUGGUUGAAGUCCAGUUGGACUGUAAUCACAUUGGUGCUAUGGAUCACUGAACAAGACUGGUCAUUUGGAUUGGUUUUCUUGAGGGUAAAGCUUUUGAAAUUAACUCUGCUUCUUGAGGUUGAAAAAUUCCUCAUUCUGAUGUCUUGUCUACGUCUUGUUGCCGUAAUCCCCGAGAAGAGAAAGGGGACUUAGGGAUGCCUCUCUUUUGAAAAGGAAGGGUCAGCACAGGCGGGGGCUGUCACGGUUGUUUCUCUUUGUUCAGGACUUAGAACUUGUGAGCCGUGGUUCCACCCCUCACUUUGUGAGCUGUUUUCCUCCUAUAUUUCCUAAUUUUUCCCAUGACGUUUCAGCCUGUUUCUUCACAAGAUUGUAAGGCCUGAAAGACCCCAUUGUUUUACAGAGUGUGAGCUGGUGCACAUUUGCUGAGCUGGUCGGCUGGGGUCUGUGUGUGGGUGGGACGUGGCUAGGGGAUCAUGCAGACUAGAGGGUAUGUAGAGUGUAUUCCUGACAAUGGCAGACACUUUCUGCUUAGCAGGCGUCUAGGGAGGGCCUUUUGCUUCAUAGAAGGUGCUGUAGUUUUAAAAUAUUUUCCACAAACUAUGUUUUUUCACCGUGCUGAUUGAGAGAAAUGGGAGGCUAAGGGAAGUUCUAGAUGGCAAAUCAAGUGAAUGAAGGCCUUAUCCAAACUUCAUUUCGUGUUCAGAUAAAAGCAAACUUUUGUUCUUGUAAUGCACACUCAUACACUCUCACCCCCAACACACACACAAACACACUGCUGAUGUCCUGCCUGUGAUUUAUGUGAGCUCUUGAUCCAUUUUCAUCUUCUCAUCACCCUGAGCAUCUAUUUAGAAUUGCAGCCUUCCUCUUCCAUCCCAUUUCCAAUUCCUCUGACCCCAGUCAAUUUUUUAUUGCUCCUACCACCUUAUAUUCUUGCCUGGAGAAUCCUGUGGAUGGAGGAGCCUGGCAGACUACAGUCCACGGGAUCACAGAGUCCAACAUGACUGAAGCGAUUUAGUAUACAUGCACCACCUUAUAACAAAAGUCGUUUAUUACAUUUCUUGUUUGUGUUUACCAGUAGACUCUAAAUUCCAUGAAGGUAGGGGAUUUUGUCUGUUUUUUUAAUGGAUGUAUCCCAAGUCUCAGGACAGUGCCUGACAUAUGGUGGGUGCUCAGUAAAUACUGCUGGGUGAAUUAGUGAAUGAACAAUGUUGAUAAGUGAUGUGUCUCAGAUUUGAGUCAUAGCCUUUUAAAUUCUAAUUUACUGGAGAAUCUUAAUGCAUUUUCUGCAGUUUGGUUUUUCAGCUUCCCUACUUUUUUUUAGAAUAAUGAGGAAUGGUAUCCCCUCCCAGCUGCAGUAUGGGAAUGAUCUGAUGAUCCUUACGGAGUAGGGGCAGAGUAUUGCUCUUAGAUUUACUUUUUGAUCUUGAAGGCCCCGAACUAACAGUCUUCAAACUCUGGUCUGAAGAAGUUCCCUGGAGAUACUUAAGGGGGUGUGCAAGCAUUUAUUUCGUUUGCAUUUUAUUUUUAAUAUAUUUUGAGCAUUUUUUACAACCAUAAUUUAAAAACAUGCACACUUAAAUGUAUUACUUGCAUGCCAAAUUUUAACACGUUGAGACCGUCGACGUGUUGUAUCAGACUGUCAAAUUAACCUUGAAAUUGAGUGUUUUCUGCUAUCUUGGCUUAUAUUUGAAUCUGUUAUAAAGGAGUUGUCGAUAAGUCUAUACCAUGUCUGUACCCAUGUUUUUCAGAUUCCAGCGAGGUCAUAAAUUGAACAAGUGAAUUCUUCCUGUUAGAUAAAUACAGUGUGGUCAGUUACAUGCCAGGCAGGGCUAGGGAAAUCUAGUGUAGAUUUCUGGGGGGUAAGUGGCCAGUUAUAUAAUUUUUCUUAAUUCUGUCUAGAAAGUGUUUUGACUCGGACCCUUCCAUGCCAUCCCACUGCCAUGCCAGGUCGACUGUCCUAGUUCCCAGUGUCAUCCUUCUCCUCUCCCUGGCCUGGACUCUGGAAGUAGCCUCCCAGCCUCUCCAAGACCCAGUCUUCCCUCUGCUUCUCCACAUUGUCGCUGCACUUAUCUCCUUGUAAGACAUAUCCCAGCAAGUCCAUUGGCCUUCAUACCCCAGCAGAUCCAUUGGCCUUCACUGCCUGCAUGGUCAGAUGGAAGCCCGAGCUGUUCAGGGCAGUGUCCACUGGCUGCACAUGGCACUUAAGCUCUUAAAAUGUGGCCAGUCUAAGUUGGGAUGUGUCACAGGUAUAAAACCAUGCCCUAUUCUAAAAAGACUUAGUAUGUGACUAGAAACUAGAGACAAUCGUACUAAGUGAAGUAAGUCAGAAAGAUAGAUACCAUAUGAUAUCACAUAUAUGUGGAAUCUGAAGUCUAACACAAAUGAAUUUAUCUAUAAAACAGAAGCAUUCACAGACAUAGAGAACAGACUUGUGGUUUCCAUGGAAGAGGGGGAAUGGGGGAGAGAUGGAUUGGGAGUGUGGGGUUAGUAGAUAAGCAAAAAGGUCCUACUGUAUAGCACUGGGAGCUAUAAUCGAUAUCCUGUGAUAAACCAUAAUGGAAAAUAAUAUUAAAAAAAAGAAUAUAUAUGUAAAACUGAAUCACUUCACUGUGCAGCAAAAUUAACACAACAUUGUAGAUCAACUCUAAUAGAAAAUUUAAAAACUAAAAAUAAGAGUAUAAAAAUGUAAUAUAUCUCAAUAAUUUUUAUAUUGAAUACAUGUCAAAAUGGUAAUAUUUUAGAUCUAUUGGGUUAAAUAACAUAUCAUUAAAAUUAAUUCCUUCUGUUUCUUUUUACUUUUUAAACAUGACUACUAGAAAAUUUGAAGUUACAUGAGUGGUUCACCUUAGGUUUCUGUUGCUCAGUGCUGGUCUCAACUGUAUCAUGACAUUUGAAGUUUCUAAUAACUUAGCCUCAGUUCCCUUUUCAGUCUCAAAUCCCAGUCCUUCUUCCCCUCCUCAGAAUUUCUCACAACCCCCAGAACUCACCAAACCUAUUUAUAAUUAUGGGUGGUGGUUGUUGGUUUUUUGGUAUUUUUUUUUUCCACAUUCCGUUCCUUCAUUCUGAGCUGUCCUUCUCUUUCUUUGUUAGCUGUGAAAUUCCUACUCAGAUUCUUAGGACUUAAUUGUCCCAUGCUGCUGAGGUUAUGCCCUGUCUCCCUAGACGGAAUUAGCCACGUUUCCCCAUAGCAAGCUUUGGUACCUCCAUUACUGUGAUGGUCUUGCUGUGGUGCCAUUAGGUGUCUCCUUAACUAGGCUUCUUCAGGGAGAAGACUGCAAUUUAUUCCUCCAGUGACCUCCUGAGGGCAGUACCUGGUGUGUGCUAGACAUUUAAUUGACAUUUAUUAAAUUAAUUUAUGAAUUAAUUUCACCCUACUGCACACACUGCUGUUUUCACAUGCAUCCAGCCUUGAUCAUCUGAACCAUUAGCCAUGCAAACACUUGGUUGCAGAGGUGGAGAGCUCUGGACAUCUCAGUUGAUCAGUUUCAGACUUUGGUGUUCAAUGAAAUGGCCUCUUUGUUCUCACUGGUUGAUGUAUAUCGAUUUAAAAAAUUAUACAUUUGAAUUUAUGAAAUCCAUGGAUAUUGUAUAGACAUACAAAUGACCACUUACUAUUUCAUUUAGAGAGAUUUCAUAUAAGAUUUGGCUUGACUGAAGAUUUCACUUCUAAGCAAGUUUGAAAGCUACUGUUCUAAUCCCAAAUUUCAUUUAUAUUGCCAUUCCAAAGGUUUCAUUUUAAUUUUAAUGAGGUGCAAGUUCACACAGAGCAAGACUUUUCAGCUCUGGCUGCCCAAUACCUACAACUGGGAAGCUUUCAGAAAUUCUGAUGCCUAGGUCCCCCUCCUCCCCCAGCCCCAACAGGGAUCCUGGUAGAAUUGGGCUGGGAGCAUCAGUUACGAAAAUCCUAAGUAUUUACUUGGCCAAAAAGUUCAUUUGGGUUUUCCUAUAACUUCCCAAACAAAUUAUUUGGCCAGUCCAAUACUUUGUAAUAAAUUGAUUCUGUGGUGCAGAGGUGAACUAUGAAAAUGUUGAAGUUGUGAACUGAUCAUUUUUCUUCCUUUUUAUUAGUGAUUUUGUGAUGAUGGUAAUUCAUCUUAAGUGUGUACUAUGGUUUGGGGGUUGAAAACAGCAUUUAAUUGAACCCAUCUUCUAUGGACAAUUUCUUAAGGCUUCUGAAAUUGAAAGUUCCUUUUUUAUCAUUUUCUAAAACCUAUGGGGCAGCAGAACUUUAAUGUCCCUUAUUGGUAGAAAUAGCAAACAAAAGGCCUAUUUCAAAUCAUGAAACAAGGAUUGACAAGGCCAGUGGGUAUAAGAUGUCCGCUCAGGUAGUGGCCUCCUGACACCCUUGUUAGCCUGAAUAAACAGUGUUCCCCUGCCUGAACCUCCAUAGUGCUGCCACGUUGAUAAAAUCUGACAUUCUGCUUAAUCACUUUUUAAUGAUACUCUUCCUUUUCUUCUUGGUAUGUGAGAAACCAGCCUUUUAAUUUUUUUAAGGUGUGGGAAAGAACUAACUUUCAGUUCCUAAUUCAGUAAAAUGGGCUGGUAUUACACAUAUAAUUCUAGUGGGGACGGGGGUGAAAUUAUCUAAUUUCUGCUUACCACUGUCUCUUCUUAAAUUAAAAAAAAAAAAAAGUUAUAAACUUCCUGAAAUCAUGUAAAGGAGAAAAUCUGAGAUAAAUAACUUGGGAGACAUUGCAAGAAAAGUGCCUGAAUUCCGAUAGUCUGUGCCCUGUUAUGAUUGUGUUCGAUGGAAAUGCCAAUGUCAAUAAGCAUGAGUUUUGCAAAUAAUCAGUUUGUUGAAAAAGGCUGUGGGCUCUUAUUCUUCUGAGGUGGGAUCUCUUUCAGUUUAGGCUCCGUAGGGAAAGAAGAAAGAAAGAAAAAUACACACUUGGGAUUGAAUCCUUGAGGGCAGAGAAAGAAACAGAGUCCUUUCCUUGACUUGGUUAUUUGUAGCUGGUGUGUCAUCUGGGUGAGACUGAUGUCAUGCGAAUUGAAUGCAGAGGCAAACUUAGGGGGUGUGUGUGUGUGUGGUGUAUAAAAGCUCAGAAUAUGGAGUGAGUGUGAAGGGCACCACAACCACCCCUGGAUCUGUCAAGAAUGUACCUAUUUUUAACAUCCUGGAUCAAGUGUCAGCACUCAAUAGAAGUGAGGAAGGGUAGGGACCGCGUGGGGCGGACGAGGACGGGAACCGGUCCUCUGGCGUGUUUUCAAUACAGCUGUGCAUUCUUAAUGGCUCGGCCGCUGCCGCCAGUGCAGCUGUCUGCUUCAGGAAGUGAGGUCAACAGGAGCAAGGAGAAUCUUUAAGAGCUGCCUCGCAUUGUGAUAUGUCUGAUUCCUUGCUGCAGUCCCUACAGCAUGAACAAGGGUGUGAACGGCAUGUCUGUGGAUGAGAAGCCUGACUCCCCCAUGUAUGUGUAUGAGUCCACAGUCCACUGCACCAACAUCCUCCUGGGCCUCAAUGACCAGCGCAAAAAGGAUAUUCUCUGUGACGUGACCCUGAUCGUGGAAAGAAAGGAGUUCCGGGCCCACCGAGCUGUGCUGGCCGCAUGCAGUGAAUACUUCUGGCAGGCGCUGGUCGGACAGACGAAAAAUGAUUUGGUGGUCAGCUUGCCCGAGGAGGUCACGGCCAGGGGGUUUGGGCCACUGUUGCAGUUCGCCUACACCGCCAAGCUGUUACUCAGCAGAGAAAACAUCCGCGAGGUCAUCCGCUGUGCCGAGUUCCUGCGCAUGCACAACCUGGAGGACUCCUGCUUCAGCUUCCUGCAGACCCAGCUCCUGAACAGCGAGGAUGGCCUCUUUGUGUGCCGGAAGGAUGCUGCGUGCCAGCGCCCGCACGAGGACCCCGAGGACAGCGCGGGAGAGGAGGACGACGAAGAGGAGGAGACCAUGGAUUCGGAUACGACCAAGAUGGCUUGCCCUAGGGACCAGAUGCUUCCAGACCCCAUCAGCUUUGAGGCCACUACCAUCCCAGUGGCAGAGAAGGAAGAAGUUUUGUUGCCCGAGUCCGACGUGCCCGCGGACACCAAGGAGAGCUCGGCCAAGGACGCGUUAACGCAGUACCCCAGAUACAAGAAAUACCAGCUUGCAUGUACCAAGAAUGUCUAUAACGCAUCAUCACACAGUACCUCAGGUUUUGCAAGCACAUUCAGUGAAGAUCACUCUGGCACCAGCCUCAAACCGGGGCUUGCCGUGGGGCAGAUUAAAAGCGAGCCGCCCAGCGAAGAGAACGAAGAAGAGAGCAUCACGCUCUGCCUGUCCGGAGAUGAGCCUGACGUCAAAGACCGAGCGGGCGACGUGGAAAUGGACCGGAAACAGCCCAGCCCCGCCCCCGCUCCCGUCCCCGCGCCCCCUGCCGGGGCCGCCUGCCUGGAGAGGUCCAGGGGCGCGCCCUCCCCGUCCUGCUUAAGGUCUCUGUUCAGCAUAACAAAAAGUGUGGAGUCGUCCGGCUUGCCCGGUACCUCUCAGCAGCACUUUGCCAGGAGUUCAGCGUGCCCUUUUGACAAGGGGAUCACUCAGGGUGACCUUAAAACUGACUACGCCCCUUUCCCGGGGAAUUACGGACAGCCCCACAUGGGCCAGAAGGACACGUCCAGCUUCACCAUGGGGUCGCCCCUCAAGGGGCCUGGCUUGGAGGCUCUCUGUAAACAGGAAGGAGAGCUGGACCGGAGAAGCGUCAUCUUCUCCUCCAGCGCCUGUGACCAAGUGAGCACCGCGGUGCACUCGUAUUCUGGGGUAAGCGCUCUGGACAAAGACCUCUCCGAGCCGGUGCCAAAGGGCCUGUGGGUGGGGGCCGGCCAGUCCCUCCCCAGCUCACAGGCCUACCCUCACGGUGGGCUGAUGGCGGACCACUUGCCAGGAAGGAUGCGGCCCAACACUAGCUGCCCGGUGCCAAUCAAAGUGUGCCCUCGCUCGCCCCCGUUGGAGACCAGGACAAGGACUUCCAGCUCGUGCUCCUCCUACUCCUACGCAGAGGAUGGGAGUGGGGGCUCGCCCUGCAGCCUCCCUCUCUGCGAGUUCUCCUCCUCGCCCUGUUCCCAGGGAGCCCGAUUCCUUGCCACAGAACAUCAGGAACCAGGCCUGAUGGGAGACGGAAUGUACAACCAAGUCCGACCCCAGAUUAAAUGUGAGCAGUCUUACGGAACCAACUCCAGCGACGAAUCCGGAUCGUUCUCGGAAGCAGACAGUGAGUCGUGUCCUGUGCAGGACAGGGGCCAGGAGGUCAAACUUCCAUUUCCUGUCGAUCAAAUCACAGACCUUCCGAGGAAUGACUUCCAGAUGAUGAUCAAGAUGCACAAGCUGACGUCGGAGCAGUUAGAGUUCAUUCACGAUGUCCGCCGGCGCAGCAAAAACCGCAUCGCCGCCCAGCGCUGCCGCAAGAGGAAGCUGGACUGUAUUCAGAACUUAGAAUGUGAAAUCCGCAAACUGGUGUGUGAGAAAGAGAAGCUGUUGUCAGAGAGGAAUCAGCUGAAAGCAUGCAUGGGAGAACUGCUGGACAACUUCUCUUGCCUCUCCCAGGAAGUCUGCCGAGACAUCCAGAGCCCCGAGCAGAUCCAGGCCCUGCAUCGGUACUGCCCUGUCCUCAGACCCGUGGGUCUUCCCACAGCCCCCAGUAUUAACCCCACACCCCUGAGCGUGGAGCAGAACCUUGCCGCCCCUCAGUGCGUGGUGGGGGAAAGUGCACCCUGCUGCUUAGAGCAGGGGGCAGCGGCCCCCGGCCCCCCCUGGGCCCCCAGCAAUGCCUCAGAGAACUGUACUUCUGCUCGGAGGCUGGAAGGCACUGACCCAGGGACCUUCUCUGAGAGAGGGCCUCCCCUGGAACCCAGAAGCCAAACGGUGACCGUGGACUUCUGCCAGGAAAUGACUGAUAAGUGUACAACGGAUGAACAACCCAGGAAAGAUUACACCCAGUGACGGCCUGCCGCCAAGUUCUCAGCCCUCUCCCACACAGGUGUCCUUGGGUCAGGCUGCGGUGCUGUUCGUCUGUCGUCUGGAAGAACCGAGAAGGAAUCUGGUGCACACUACAGCGGUCUUAGCAGCAAUACUGUUUCUUAGUAUUCUCUCCUCCCUUCAAGCAGGAGCAACAUAUAGUUACCUUCACAAUGGUGCUACCCCUUGUUCAGGCAAGGAAAGACGACAGUGGCAACGCUGUCUGUCUGUGGGUUCAUUUCAGUCUUUACAGGGAUAGAUUAUAACACCUCUAGGACCCAACCACGGAUUUCUUUUCUCAGUGGCCCAUGUCACAAACCCUAUCUCAGGAAUUUCUUCUGAAUGUUCAACUUUUUUCAUGGAAGACAGCUUCUAUACACAUCAAAGUUUUAUAGCUAGACUGUACAUAUUAUAUAUAUAAUAUAUAUGAAAUAUAUUAUCUCUCUCCAUAUGCAAAAGUCCUGCAUGCCUCAAUUUUCUCAUCCUAAAACUGGAAACUUGGUUUCUCGUUUAUAAACAGGUUCCAACAUUCCUCUUCUUUUGUCUCCGAUGCUAGAACCGGUUUGUAACUGUUAACCUGGUCGUUUUUCUUGCUUCACAGUUGAAGUUGUGCUUAUUUAUGGACAGAAUUCAGUGUUGGAAGCUUUCUUUGACAUUUUAUUUCAGACCUUUUAUUUUUUUGUUGGUUUGGUUUGAUUUGGGCACUGUCAGACGGUGCCAGUUGAGUAUCAUGGGUUGUUUUUUUUUUUGUUUUUUUUUUUUUUUGGUUUUUUUUUUGCGGAUACUGUACAGUCAAGGUCAACUUUGCCACUUGCACUGAGUUUUGGGUCAAACCUAUUUUCUUAUAUGAAGUUGUCACUUCAGUAUAACUCAAGUAAACUGUAUAUUCUUUGCUCUUCAAAAAGUAAAACAGCUAAUUAAAAAAAAAAAAAAAGCACUCAGGUGAUAAUUAUGUAAGAAAAACAAUCUUGCCAAAUAAUGAAUUCAUCCUAGGAUGUAGACAAUAAUCUGCUUGAAUAUUUUUAUAUCUCACCUCCUCCCCACCUUUUCCUAAGCAAAGUUAAAAUGCAGAGAGUUCAGAGUUGAUGUUCAGAUUUCUAAGGGGGGAAAGAGUUUGGACAUCUCACUGGAAAGUGCAUUGAAACAGCGGGAAUCGUCAUGUUAUACUGGAACUCAGCAGGCUUUGGCUCCUAGAUACCAAGUUAGAACUGGUUUCUCAGACAGGGAGUAAGUCCCAUUCAUUUCAACACUGCCCCAGGCCUCUGCCUGCUCUGGAUGUACAGGACAAGUAGGAACUUCUCCGUCAAAGGACUUGGCUGCUUGGCCACCCAGCCCCAGACCUGCCUCCCCUGGGACUCACCUGAGGGGGUUUGAGUCAUCGCCCUGGGGGUCCCACUUUUAUGCGGCAUCCUGGGGUUAAUGCCGCUGGCCCUGCCCAAGUAGGAGAGAGCAGGACAGUUGUAGCCUGAUGUCUGUUCCUGGCGCAGACAAAAGCAUUUCUUUCUCCCUUCUUUCUCCAAAUGCUUUAAGUUGCAUCCUGAGGUUUUCCCACCAAUUCUCUUGGUCUGAAGGCAGAUUUCAUCUGAGGCUUUGGACACAAUGCGUCCAGGAGCCCUCCCUGCCCCUCACCCCCACCACGCACCUCCCUACUCUCUCCUGAUGAUGAUUUCCUUCUUUUGCUGCAAAAAACUUAUUGGCUUGCAACCCACAGAGAGUGGCUUCCCUUGGCUCAGGGGGCGUGUGGGCCCCUGGCUGCGUUUACAGGAAGGGGUGCAGACCCCUUGAAGCCUGUGUUGGGGGAGAGGUCAGCACCCCCUUUCCUGUGGGUCCUCCAGCUUGGCUGCGGGGAGGAGUCCCGAACAGUUUAAUGUGGGGGUGGGGUGGUGGGCCAUGGGGACUAGAUGGUUGAUUUUGUUUCUUCAUUUGUGCCAUUGUUUGGACGAUAUUAAAGCUGCAUGUGAAA